AUGUGCUCUUCGCUUAAUAAGGGUGUCAGCAAUCGCCGAAGUAAACAAUCUAUUCAGGUAAAUGAUACAGAAGACCAUAUAACACAAUUCGGGCCAAAUGAUGUCUCAAAAGGUCAGGGGACACAAACCGGGCCAAAUAAUGCUUCUAUACAAUCUGGGCCAAGUAAUGUGCAUACUUCUUUUCCUAAAAAGGGUGUCAACACUCGCAAAAGAAAACACCCAAUUCAAGUCAAUGAUACAGAAGUCCCUGGAAGACAAUCUGGGCCAAGUAAUGCCACAAAAACAAAGAAGACAAAUCGGAGAUAUCAGUACUCGGAAAAGAAAACAACCUCCUCAAAGUAUAAAAGGAACAAACCUGGCGCUUCACAUAAUCAGGAAACAUCUGUAACUAAACCUAAACGACCAGGUAUAAAAAAGAAAACCCGCCAAAUGUCAGGUUUCACUUCAUCAGGUUUCCAUGUGUCGUAUCUUGAUCUAGGACCACCAACAUACUUAUGUACCAACUGUAAUGCAUUAAUGUGGUAUGAAGAGAGGUGUAAAAAUACCAAACUAGAUGGGUACCCUAAAUUUGCUUCAUGUUGCCAGGAAGGAAAGAUUUUAUUGCCGAAAUUGCUAGAUGCUCCAGAACCAUUAAAAACACUGCUGGAUUAUGAACAACCUGGAUCAUCAAAAUUCAAAGAUGAUAUUAGGACUUACAAUAGCAUGUUUUAUUUCACAUCUUUUUGGGCAAAAAUAGAUCAUUCUAUAAACCAAGGCAGAAAUUUAUACACAUUUAGAAUAAGUGGCCAAAAUUACCAUCGGAUAGGAUCUUUGUUACCUGUUGAAGGAGAACAACCAAGAUAUGCACAACUUUAUUUUUAUGAUACUGCAAAUGAAACUAGGAACCGGAUGUCCGCGUUCAUGUCCCGUGAUGGGACCACCCAAAGAGUAGACGAGGUAAUAGUAGCUCAGCUGAUUCAGAUGUUGGACAAUCACAGUUCUCUUUCCAAAGCCUUUCGUAUGGCACGAGAUUGGUGUGUGGAAAAUAAUAAUAACAACUUUGAGCUUCGUUUGUUAGGCCAGAGAACUGAUAUGAGACAAUAUAAUAAACCUACUGUUUCUGAAGCUGCGGUCUUGAUUACAAAUGAUUUUGGUGAGAAUACAGAACCAAGGGAUAUUAUUGUUAGUCCAAAGAAUGGCGGUCUGAGGAGAAUCUCUGAAUUGCAUCAACUUUAUAUGGCAUUACAAUACCCUCUAUUGUUCCCUUACGGAGAAACCGGGUAUCAUCCUGAGAUACCAUAUCAUAAAAACACAGGAAGGCGAAAAACAAAACGGAAUACUGUUACAAUGAGGGAAUUCUAUUGCUAUAGAAUUCAUUACAGGAGUAAUGAAGGAACUACAUUAUUCAGAGGAGGUCGGUUGUAUCAGCAGUACUUGGUUGAUUCAUAUACUGCAGUUCAGGAAGAACGACUGAGAUGGACCCGGAAUCAUCAACCAGAGUUUCGUGCAGAACUCUAUAACAAUACAUGUGAUGCUGUCACAAAAGGAGAUACACAGGCUGCCGCAGUUGGCAAGCGGAUAGUUUUGCCAGCAACCUUCACUGGCAGCCCAAGGUAUAUGGUUCAAAAUUACCAAGAUGCCAUGGCUCUAUGUCGUACUUUUGGAAACCCUGAUUUGUUUAUAACCUUUACGGCAAAUCCAAAAUGGCCAGAGGUAGAUGCAAUGGUAUCUUUAAUCAAAGGCCAACAAUCAUAUGAUCGAUCAGAGACAGUCACCAGGGUUUUUAAAAUGAAAUUGGAUUUGUUGAUGGACGACAUUAUGCGGAAAAACAUAUUUGGUCAAUGUCAAGCAGGUGUGUAUACUAUUGAAUUUCAAAAACGUGGCCUUCCUCAUGCACAUAUUUUAAUUUGGCUUGGCCCUGAAACAAAAUGUGAUACACCCGACCAAAUAGAUGAUGUUAUAUCCGUAGAGAUGCCUUUGGAAAGUGAUGAUCCAGAGUUAUAUGAAGCUGUAACAGAGUUUAUGUUACAUGGUCCUUGCGGUGCUGAUUCACCAAAUGCUUCAUGUACAGAAGAAGGAAAAUGCAAAAAACACUUCCCAAGACCAUUUUAUCAGGAAACCACAAUUGAUGGAGAAGGCUACCCGAUUUAUCGACGACGAAAUAAUAAGGUGUUUGUGCAGAAAGGUAAGACAAAACUUCACAAUGGUUUUGUUGUACCAUUCAAUUGGUAUCUGUUGCUUAAGUAUAAAGCACACAUUAAUGUUGAAUGGUGCAAUCGAUCCCGAGCAAUAAAGUAUCUGUUCAAGUAUCUUAACAAAGGCCCUGACAGAGCUACAAUAGUUAUAGCAGAAAAUGUUACAGUUGAUAUCCAAUCAAAUACCGAGAAUAUUGUCACUAUCGAUGAGAUCAAGAACUACUUGGACUGUCGAUACUUAUCACCAUGUGAAGCAGUUUGGCGCAUGGCUGCAUUCCCUAUCCACUAUUCUUAUCCAUCAGUGAUAAGACUCACCUUUCACCUACCUGAACAACAAAUGGUCACCCUUCGUGAUUCAGAAAGUCUUCGUCGUGUAGUAAACCGUGAAGGAAUUGAAAAAACCAUAAAAGGUUUAAUGUUUGGACGUGGAGAGGACACAGAAAAGGCUGUAUUGGCCAACCCGGCUGCAGGACCACGGUAUUAUUUGAGAAUUUUGUUGGGUGUUGUUAGGGGACCACAAUCUUAUGGAGACAUCAAAACCGUUAAUGGUCAUGAGUAUGAAACAUACAAAGAAGCUUGCAAUGCAUAUCGUCUUUUAAAUGAUGACAAAGAAUGGACAGAUGCUCUCAAUGAGGCAAAGUUCUGGGCUACCGGACCACAGCUACGAGAUUUGUUUGUUACAAUUUUGUUGUUCUAUGAUGUUUGCAGCCCACUUCAAUUAUGGAAUGAAAAUUGGGAAACUUUAUCUGAGGAUGUUUUGUACAGGAAAAGAAGACAAUUCAGAUUUCCCACUUUGCAUCUUUUAGAUGAACAAAUAAAGAAUUAUUGUUUGGUAGAUAUACAGGAAGUUUUACAAAGAAAUGGCAAAUCAUUAGAAGAUUUUAGUGAUUUACCAAAACCUGAUGAAACCUUGCUUACUGCUAUGGAUAAUCGGUUGAUACGUGAAGAGCUUAGCUAUAACCAAACACAAGAAGCACUUGAACAUGAGCAGUUUUUCUCCAAACUAAACCCUGAUCAAAUGACAAUCUAUCAGAAGGUCAUCUCUUCAGUCCAUGAAGAACGAGGGGGUUUCUAUUUUGUUUAUGGACCGGGAGGUACAGGAAAAACUUUCUUAUAUAAAGCUAUACUCUCGCGGUUAAGAUCGGAAGGGACAAUUGUACUUGCAGCUACAUCUUCAGGGAUUGCAUCUUUGUUAUUACCGGGAGGAAGAACAGCUCAUAGUCGGUUUGUAAUACCGUUAGAGCUCAUGGACAGUAGCACAAGUGGAAUCAAACAGAAUACACAUUUGGCUGCACUCAUGAAAGAAGCAAAACUAAUAAUAUGGGAUGAAGCCCCAAUGACACAAAAGUAUGCUUUUGAGGCACUGGAUAAAACGUUGAAAGAUAUACUGGGUUUAAACAAACCAGGGAAUAGGAAGCUGAUAUUUGGUGGGUUGACAGUCUUGCUUGGCGGUGAUUUUAGGCAAAUUUUGCCAGUGAUCCCCAAAGGACAACGCCAAGAAAUUGUCCACUCCUGUAUUAACAAGUCUGUUCUAUGGAAACAUUGUCAACUUUACACACUUUCCAGGAGUAUGCGUGUAAAUGAGUACUCUCCAACAGGGGAACUUGAUAGAAGCAAGCAACAAUUCAAUAAAUGGGUCCUUGAUAUUGGAGAUGGUGUUGUUGAAGCAAAAGUAAAGAAGGGGAGGAUGAACCCACUUGGAUCAACAUUCCAAGAAGAUUCAUCGUUCCAUGUUCUGCAUCUCCAAUUGAAGAUAUCAUCAACACUACAUUCCCUGACUUUGAUGAAAAGAAAGAUGAUGAACAGUAUCUUAGAGAAAGAGCCAUAUUAA